UGUAUACAUGUGCCUAGAUGUUGACCCGGAAGUAUGGACUAUGCAUGCUUGAUCGUGCAUUCCAUUUUGUUUGCAAUACACGUAUUUUCUGUGUGGUACAAUGUACGGUAUGUUGGAGACACUCUUCAGCCGUUCUAUGAUUUAUUUACGUACAAAGGAUAUGCUGGAAAGUUUAAAUAUCUGACGUUCAUUAGUUUUUUGAUUCAGACAUUUUAUUUUGGACUGGCUGUAGUGAAUGACAUAUGGGGAUCAAACGUAAGACCUUCAGACAAGAAGGGCAAGAAAACGCGUCUACAGAGCUUUAUGAACACAUUCCUGGCAGCAGUUGUCUACCCUGUUGGAACUUUUGUGGUAAUGACAUUCUGGGGUAUAUAUGCUGUAGACAGAGAACUGGUGUUUCCUAAACGACUUGACAAAAUAAUUCCAGUCUGGCUUAAUCAUAUAGAGCACACCACAGUUCUGCCGAUACUGUUGUUAGAAAAAUGUCUAGUUUAUCACGAAUAUCCUAGCCGUAAAAAAGGGCUUGGCAUACUAAUGGGAUUUGCAAACAGUUAUCUUAUAUGGAUUCUAUGGAUAGCAUUCUAUGCAGAUAUUUGGGUGUACCCCGUGUUACAAGUGAUGGAGGGGCACCAGCGGGUUAUAUUUAUAACUAUUCUCAUGGCCUUCUUUAUGAGUAUAUACAUUCUCGGUGAAUCUUUGAAUAGAUUUAUAUGGCGAAAAGAAAUAGCCGCAUCUGCUGCUAAACAGAGACAGAAAAAGCAGACUUAGGACAGGACAACAAAAUUUAUAGAACAUUCCAUUUAUUUCAAACUCGAUCACCGACUUGAGCAUAUUGAACAAAAUGAUGUCUCUUACAUUAUAGAGUGGCGAGGCCAGAAAAAGCACCAAUUUGCGAAUCCCUAUCUUUGGUGUUUUAUAGCUGCCAUCCAAAGACUUCUUUUUGAUUCUCGGAUUUUACAAAAUAUAUUCUUUGCAAUAUAAUAGACAUAUAGUAUACAUUAAAAAAUUUAUAGUUAAUAUUUUUGGUUACUCUGUGCACAUUGUUAAUGCCAUAUUAUUACAGUUAUAUUAUAAGUAUUAUUUUUUAUCACAUAACGGUGUCACUUCUGCGACUAAAAAUGCUAUUGCAUGGCCAUGCAUAUAUGUUGACAUCGUUUGUACAAACAUAGUGUUAGACACGCUAAAUAGCGUCAAUGAAAAAUGACUAUUUUUUUCACUUUUAAAUUAAUUAAACCAUUUUUAUUUGUUGUUUGUUAAAUUUGUUUAAGUGCAUUACUGAAUUUAUUGAACUCGUUGAAUAAACAAAUAUCGUGCUUGCCAGAGGCUCGCUUUAUAUAAUUUUAUUCAACUUGUUCAAUAAAUUCAGAAUUGAACUUGCACUUAUUCAAUAACCUCUAUAUAACAUUUUGUGUGUUUUUCCCACAUGCUUGGAUCAUGAGCCAUUUUUAUUGCUCAAUUCUUUUUUAACUUUGAUAAAUGACACAUGAAGUUACUAACUAUACAAUUUUGAGUAUACAUUUUUGAUAAGUUGUAAUGGAUUGCAAUAAAUUUUUAAUAAUUCUUAAAUAAUAUAUGACAUACUUAUUUGUAUUUACUCAAUAUUUAUUUGCAGUAGAUAAUGAUUAAUAUAUACAAAUUUUUAACAUUAUUUUAUCAAUAGGUCAAUAAUUACAUCAAUAACUUAAGGGAGAAUGUAAUAGGAUCAGGAACUUUUCUCUUUAUAUGUAAUAUACAGGAAAUUUAUAAUCAUAAUCAAGGGACCACUGAAUUUAUAUUGUUAUAACCAAGAGACAACUAAUUUAAUAACAAGAGUCGUGACAGCAGCAACAACAUUGAUAUAAGCGGUGUAUUGUUCAAGCGAUACAUUUAUACGUGGAGUAUACUCUACAAAGAUUAAUCUGUUUGUUGUUAAAUGCAUUUGUAUUUGUAUAUAAAAAGUUUUUUUGUAACAUCCUUGCAGGGAGUAAAACAUAAUCAAACUCAUUGUGGAUUGUGUCAUACCUGUGAUGCAACAAUACCAUAUCUCAUAAUGAUGUAUUAAAAUAAGUUAAGACAGUAUCCCCAUGGGAGUUUUAAUGGGUCUCUAUAAAUGAGUUAUAGAUUGGUUCACUGACUUUGAAUUAUUUGCUCAUCAUUAGAAUGGGUAUUUCUUGCAUAUCAGAAGGACUAUCUACUGUUUACCGGUGCUCAAAUGAUGUCAUUAAAGUUUCAUACGCAACUAUAAGAAAAAAGUGAUAUAUGAAAAUAUUAUUUUCUGUAAUUUCCUUGUGAAAUAUGAUUAAUAUGUUAUAUGCAAGAAAAAUAAUCAAACACUGGCUGUCGUAACAGACAAGAAUAUUUAGCUCUUGGGUAACUGUUUAGUGGAAACUCGGCAGAGUCUCGUUACCGCCGUAAACAGUUACCCUCGAGCUAGAUAUUCCGGACUGAACUGGUGGCUAGUGUGAGAUCAGUAUGAAAUCACGCCAGGGACUUACAUUUACAUAGAAUAUUCACGGAAAUAAAUGCACAAUAGAGAGUCUGCAGCCUGAAUUUGUUCUCCACCUGUAAAUCUUUACGUUGUCAGUGUGACUGGAAUCUAAAGGAAAAAAAUGUGACUAUUAUGUGUGUCUGGUUGAUUAUUUAUCUUUGAUGUUUAGAUAUGUGCCUGAUUAUAUAUUAGUCCUUGUCGAUGUGUGGCUGGCUAUAUUUUUGUCUUUGAUGUGUGUGUGUGUGCAAGGUUGUUUAUCUGUUGUUGAUGUUAUUUAUUUGUCCUUGAUGUUCUUUAUUUGUUCUUGAUGUAUGUGUGAGUGGUUAUUAAUUAGUCUUUGAUGUAUACAUGAUUGUGUGCUGGUUGCUUGUAAUAAGUCUGAUCUUAUUUUACAUAUUACCUAUGUUCAGAUUUGUAUGUAUGAAUUACAACUCUUACAUAUAUUAAGAAAUUUUCACAGAGUGCUUCUCUUUUGCAGUGAUGAAACAGUGUUUCUAGAACAAUACCUAUUACAUGUAUAUCUAUCUGAAAAAAAUGAUGUGCUACUGUAACUCAUUUCUAAAAUUUUAUGUAGGAAUAAAACAGCUGAAACAGACAGUGAUUAGCCUUUUGCCUGCCAGUAUAGGGCCAGGCCAGCCUUAACUAUCUUUAGUCUGACCAGGCUGUAUACUGAUGGCUCAGCUUUUGUAAUUUUUGCAUACAUCUAUGUAAUUCUGACAUGCAUACAAUUUGUCAGUGUUGAUUUAUGCUUAAUGUUUCUGUUAUAGGUUUAUUGACAUCUAUAUUUAUAAUUAUGUAUUUGUAAGGUUGAUUUUCAUUGGAUACUACAAAAUCAUUAUUAUUUGUGGGGCACUAAUUUUUGUAACUUUUUCGUGGACAUGUUAAUUCAUGAAUUAAAGAUGCAACGAAAUUUCAUUUCUUCUGCUGUAAAGAUGAUUUUAAAUCACAUUAUUUACAUUUUAUCUUUUGAAA